UCUCUCUCUGUGUCUGGUCUCGACUUUUAUAUUUACCCGCUUCAUCACAAGCCUCUCGCAUCAGUCCCAAGCGCGCGGUUUCUCUUCUUUCCGAGCUCUCUCUGUUUCUUGUUGAUCUCUUUGUGUGCUGUCAGAGAGAGAGAGAGAGAGAGCCAAAGAAAAGAAGAUGGCGAAACAGCAAGGCCGGAGCGUCGGUCUCUUUAUGUGCCUUUGCGCUAUGGUGGCAGCUCAGAACUUGGUCGUUCCUGUGGCUAGUGAGGCCAGCUUUGAGGAAAAUAAGAACUACUACACUCCUGACCCUAAUAUCGGCACUCCUCCUGCAGUUCCACGCGUCAGUCCACCACACAGGACUUCACCGCCGCACGGGCAAGGAGGCACGCCGCCCUACCAUCUGACCCCCACACCGCCGACCCAAAACUGCGGAAACCCGCCGCAUGUCCCGACCCCAUCAACUCCUCGUCGCGGCGGUGGCGGCGGUGGCAGCGGAUCUUACUAUAACCCGCCCCCAUCAACUCCUAGUGGCGGCAGUGGCGGCGGAUCUUACUAUAACCCGCCCCCAUCAACUCCUAGUGGCGGCGGCCGAUCUUACUAUAACCCGCCCCCAUCAACUCCUAGUGGUGGCGGUGGUGGAUCUUACUCUAAUCCACCGGCUUCAGGUGGCACUCCACCGACUCCGGUGAUUGUCUCCCCACCAACCACCCCCAUUAUUAUUCCGGGCACCCCCAGCGCUCCCACCAUUCCUACGCCUCCAUUCGAUCCGAACUCAAAUCCCUUCACUGGGACAUGCAACUUCUGGAGGACCCAUCCAGGGGUGAUCUGGGGCCUGCUAGGGUGGUGGGGCACCGUGGGCGGCACGUUCGGUGCCACCAGCAUGCCCGGUUUCCCGUCGAACCUCAACUUGAUGCAAGCACUCUCCAACACCCGCACGGACGGCCUGGGCCAGCUCUACAGAGAAGGAACAGCUUCGCUCCUCAACUCCAUGGUCAACGCCCGGUUCCCUUACACCACCCAGCAGGUCAAAGAGCGCUUCACCGCGGCGCUCGGCUCGAACUCGGCUGCGGCAGCUCAGGCCCGCCUCUUCCGGCUCGCCAAUGAAGGGCAUAUGAAGCCCAGGGAUUGAAUUGAACCAUAGCUGUGGAAAGACCUUUCUUUGAUGUUUCUUUGUAGGAUUGUUAUCUCAGCAGUUUGUGCGUCGAUUUGUGGUUUUUUUUUAUGGGUUUGUUGGUGUUUUUAGCUUUAUUUCGGGUGAUAUAGAGCCCUGAGAUGAAUGGUUUGUGGACAUUCUUAAUGCUUAUUGAAUGUUUUCUCUACCAGUUCGAGGAUUGCAGAUAUCAAA